AUGUUUCCAGGGAGUAAAAAGGGUGGGCGCGGAGCUGGGUUCGGCGGUUUCUCAAGCUCGUCCACAACACUGUCAUAUCUAACUCCUCCGCCCGACUUUUCUUCGGUCCCUCAGGAGGUGGUUGUACCCUUCAAGAACUUGCUGAAGAAGGAUAGUACAACGAAGGAAAAAGCGCUCCAAGAAAUCGUUGCAUAUGUUCAGAGUGUUGGGUCCAAGGGCCAGAUGGUAGAAGAUCAAGUCAUCGACAUAUAUGUUGAACUCUACCCUCGCCUAUCGAUCGACGACUCUGCGCGCGUCCGAGAACUCUCCCACCAACUCUUAUUCGAUCUCUUGAACACGGCGAAGAAGCGACUAGCCAAGAAACUGCCGACGUUUGUGGGACCAUGGCUAGCUGGGACAUUUGACCGCGAUAAGCGGGUGUCACGCGUUGCUUCGGAUGCGCUAGCUUCGUUCUUGCCGACGCCCGAGAAAGAGGAGGCUUUUUGGAAAGCAGUACAGGCAAAGGCUCUGGAAUUUGCAACGGAAGCCAUUCAUGAAACACCGGGGACUCUGAGUGACGAACGAUCCACCACAAAAGAGGACUUGGACGCAAAGUACUAUCGGGUGGUUGGCGCCAGCGUUUCGUUAGCGCUAAAUUUGAUCCGAAAAGGCGAUGUUGAAACGCUUCACGAUGGAUUAACGAAUUACCUCGCGGUGGAUGCACUAUGGACUAUACCAAAGGCAGAGGAUUCCUUCGUCAGGAGGGCGUUUUACCAGUUCAUCGUUGCCGUUCUCGAGACGGACUCCGAGUUGCUUCAACCACGGCUGCAAUCCGCUGGGAAAUCCCUGGUUGCAGACAGCAUAAAGAAAAGCCAAACCGGAUCAGCGGUGGACCUGUUGGGGGCGUUGACUGCUCUGACCAGUCGCUUUCCACAAGUAUGGGGAACCCAGAAACACCCACUGCAGCGCCUACAACAGUUCGUCUCCCAAGGCUCGCAAGGUGGUGCGGAAGAGUACUGGCGGUCAUUGGAUCAGCUCCUUCGAUCCAUUCCGGAAAAGACGCCUUCACCUGAGGUUGUGGCCUCCUUUCUGAGCUCCAUGCGCAAAGGAAUUGUGGACAGACUCGAGACCCGAGGCAGCCGACAGCAAGCAUUUCGAUCCUAUUCCCAAGUACUCCAUAGCUUUCUCGCCCAUUCCCCGAUAUCUACUACCUUUCUCGAGGAGAAUCUGUCCAACCUUACACGGCAAUACCUCCACCCGGUUUCCGAUACAUCCCUACCAUCACUACAGCGCCCGGAACCCAUUGCCGAGGCAUGGAUGGUUGUGGCUCGACACUCCGAUGACGAAACGCAAGGAGCGGUCUCCAACGAAUGGCAGAAGUUGGGAGACGAGUUCGUCUCUCGCAUGUCCAACUCGUUGCCCGAGGUGUCAGAAGGCUACAGGAAAUCACAGCUGGCUAUUGCUUCUGAAGGGGAACGUUGGUUUCCCCUAGCAGCGGCCAUCCUUUCACGGGACGAUGGAAACAUUGCGUCAUUUGUGCAUGCGAUGAAAACUUCAUCCGGUACUGUUUUGAACGGUGCUGCGGACCUGUUGGCCAGGAGGAACUUCAAGCCCUUUGGUGCAGCCUCGGUUGUUCAGUCUGCGUUCCGGCACUGCCCUCGCCUGUGUGCUGACAAUAAUCUCCUACCGUCCCUUCUUCCACCCGACGAUGGCGAGGUUUAUGACAAGCUCACUGCUUCACCGUCCUUGCCAUACAUUGUUUCGGACCUCUGCAACGUAUUGGGGGAAAAAGAGCCUCAAUUUGGCAAGACGUGGGAGUCACUCGCAGUAGCAGCUCUCAAGAUUCCAGACCCAUCUUCUGCGAUAUCUGCCGUUCGGGUGCUGAUUGGUGUCCCUUCUGUAGCACCCUAUGCUCAGCAGCUCGCCUCGCUCCAAAGCUUCCUGGUGGCCGCCUGGAAGGAGUUUGCCAAUACUGAAGAUCACCCCGCUCUGCGCGACCUUUGUGACGCCACUCUAUCCUAUGACGCCCUAACCAAAGAGUCUCUUGAAGCCGUCGCGACCGUUAUCAUUUCAGCACUUGAGGAUCCGGACACCACGACGCCCGCUCUCGUUGCUCUCGAGGUGAUCGUGAAGAAACGGCCCGAUCUUCUUCCAGCAAACGAGGACUUGCACGUGCGCCUGGUCACCAGUCUCCUUUCCCUGACUGAACUUUCGGACGCUGGACUCUCAAGCAAGGCUCAGAGUUUAAGAACUCUCGUUGACCAGCAACCCACCGGACAAAAUCCCGUCGCGAGGAUACUCGAGAAUCAUCUCGGCGAAGCACGUACGGCCUCACUUGAGGUUGAUACUCUUGUUCAGCAGGCGCUAGCGGCUAUCCAAACUGGGGAUGUUCCAGUGGAGGAUAUUUUCCCCAGUUCCACGGUGUGGAUGGAAGAGCUAUCGUGCUUUCUCGCCCACGCGCCAAAUCCAUCGCUUGCGCUGACAAGUAGCAUGGGAGGCACCUACUUUCUUGUCCAGGGGAGUCCAGGGGCCAAACCGCCGUCACCCACCAGGGAUAGCAGCGGGCGUUCAAUACCAGCGAGGAUGGCAUUGUUCACCGCCAAGCUUCUCUCGUCUGGUGUUCAACUGUCGUCUCUGCCAUCCGAGUUUCAGUUGGAGCUUGUCUAUCUACUUUCCUUGACGGAGUCGCUAGUCGGCGACCAACUAGCCCUCGCCCACAGCGGCGGCUUGUGGAGUGACGGCCUUGCGUCCGAGGCAGAUUCCCAAGAGUUCUGCGAACUUAGCUCGGCGGCCGUUCGGACAAUCGUGACAGAAUGCGGGAACUGGGCAGAUUGGAGCAUGUCUGGCGAAUCUCUUGUUGAACGCCUUAUCAACUUCAUGCUGCACCAGUCUGUUGGCUUCAGCCCUGCUGCGUUCUAUACCGCAAAGGCUUUGAGUUCACUUCUGCAGCUUCUUGUUCAAAUCCACGGGGCCGCGCCAACCGUUCUCGAAGACUGGUUAGUCAAACUAGGUGUCACUAGGGCUACACCUAAGACUACCCUCCUAACGGCCGCGUUCCUUACCGGGUUUGGUGAACUCCUCGCUUCUUCCAAAGCGACCGCGAUGCUGUGUGCUCGGCUGAUUAGUGAGAUCCCGGGCUUCCGCGGCAUUUCGGACCAGGAAGCCAAGGCUCUCCCAUCGUUGGUCCUGUUGAACCUCUGCCUUGAUGUUUAUGACGUCGGUGCGGUCCCGGUCGAGCCGCGGAAGCAGGUCCUUGCGCUCCAGCAGUUCACCAGAUGGGUCGACUCCCCAGAAAACGUGGGCUAUCAGGCAGCUGCCGAGACUUGCAAGGCCAUCACCCGGGUCUUGCCGUCCACCAAGGCAACAUAUGGGGAGUAUUGGGAGCAGGCCGUUGAAUACUGCAUUUGGCUAUGGAAACGGGCGCCUGAGGAUCGGCCCGACCACCGGCUUCCGUACCUCUAUGCCUCCUUGAAGCUAAUGCACGCGCUUCACGCGACAGAGGAACCGAGUGAUGAUCUCGAGGAAGCUCUAGCCAACCAUCGGGCGGCCGAGACCGAUGGACUGCUCUCAUUACUUGGUGUAUCCCAUGAAGGCGCCGCAAGCCAGCCCAGUCGCCUUGUCGACGCACUCCUGGCCCGUGCCAUCACCAAGCUGUCAGAUGUGCGGUUGGAUGACCUCGGCGAUGUCUACGAGUCUGUGGCCUCGGACUCGCGCGAGAUCCAGAGGGCAGCGUUCGGGUUGUUACACCACGCACUGCCCGCCGCGCAGGAGGAUAUCAACCUCGCGGUGAUAAUGGACAAGAAAGCUGCUAACCUUCCGGACGAGCUGCUGUCUCUACUCCUAAAUGCUCCGAACCCAGACGAUUACACGGAUGAGGAUCUAGCACAAUUCCCAGUCACCAUCCGUUCAUACUUGUUGGCGUGGCAUCUCGUGUUCGAUGCCUACAGCAAGGCAUCCUUCCGCGUCCGCAGCGACUAUACCGACAACCUCAAGGGCGGUCAGCACCUCGAUCCCCUACUCCGGUUCCUUUCCGAUGUCCUCGGCCAUGCUCUCGCGCGGGCGCUGGAUUUGGACAAGGAAGGUUUCACAUCGGAGCACAUCCGCUCUUACAGCAUCGACCUCGCCGACUCGGAGCCAGCAGAGCGUGAUAUGAACUGGCUGUUGAUCCACCUUUUCUACCUGAUCCUCAAAUACAUCCCUGGCCUCUUCAAAAUGUGGUACCUAAACUGCCCGUCCAAGCAAACCAAAAACACCAUCCAGUCGUGGAUGCAACGUUUCUUCUCGCCCCUCAUCAUCACGGACGCGCUUAACGAGGUGGUCGAGUGGGCGUCCAAACAGGAGGCAGGCGACGGCGACACGGAAGAGGUCAUUGUAAGAGUCAGCAAGAUGUCCCGCGAGAUCACUGCUGGGUAUCCGGUUGAUGAUGAUGCCGCUACGAUCUCCCUUCACGUUCCCAAGUCCUACCCGCUUGAUCCGGUCGACGUGACCAGCGUCAAGCGAGUCGCCGUGAAGGAAGACAAGUGGCAGUCCUGGCUCAAGGCUACGAAGGCCGUCAUCAUGUUUGGUAACUGUAGUCUUGUCGACGGACUGAUGGCCUUCCGCCGCAACAUCUCCCUCGCACUCAAGGGCCAGGAGGAGUGUGCCAUUUGCUACUCGAUCAUCGCUCAGGACAAGACACUACCGGACAAGAAGUGUGGCACCUGCAACCACUUCUUCCACCGUGUCUGUCUGUACAAGUGGUUCCAGAACAGCGGGCGAAACACUUGCCCGCUGUGCCGGAAUGCGAUCGAUUACCUGGGGUCAGAUACGAAGAGGCGGCGGCCGGAGCAUGAGUAG